AUAAUGUGCCCUAUGGUCUCUGGCCCCUCCCCACCAAUAAACCCAGUGACCCUCAGUGGACUGUGUGCAUACUAGUGUGUACUCUGUGUGUGUGUGUGGAGAGAGUGGAGAGAGCUCAUUAAAGCAUGCCUCUGCAUUUGUUGACAGUUGGUGUGCAUGCACUGGAGCGUCUGCGUGCAUGUGAGCAGUUUGGAGGGGGGGCAGGAAGUGAAAGAUAAAGAGAUGUGGAGCAAAAAAAAAAGAGAAAGGGAAGGAGGGGGUGCACACAGUGUGUCAGAUCCGAUGACCUUGAUGCCAUUAGAAUGCGGGACAAUGUGUGCUGGGGAUGGGGGCGCACAGAGGUGGAUAGAGGAAAUGGAAUCAGCUGACAGGAAGUGAUGUUAGGAGAGGCAAAGGACCCUUGUGUCAUGCUCCUGUGAGUUUGGUCACUGCUGGAAACAAAUGUUUUUUUAAAGCACGUUUAACAGUGAAAUCGCAAGAAUUCAACUCCCGGACUGCCUGAAAAGCAAACAUUUUGUUCUCUGUCGGUAUGCUUCAUUCACGUACACCUCCCACUAGCGAGGUGCUGACAAAAAAAAAAAGCAAAUUGAAAAGCUCGUUUCACUGUUUGAGGGUUCUGUGUCAGGACUUCGUUGAAAAGAAGAGGAUGACUCAAGCUUUACUCAUAAGCGAGCACACACACUGCUGCGGAUGGACUUUUGUUGUCAGUCAUCCCUCCUACAACCUAGACCUUUCCUCCGUGCUGCUGAGAAAAAGAGCGAGAGCCUGAGAAUUAAGAGGGGGAGAGAGAUGAGGGCGUGCAGUAACUCAUCUUGGAUGAUAAAUGUGACUACACCGUGAAAUGAAGUGAUCGAUGAGGAGUCUUUGUUACCUCUCCUGUGUGUCUCUCAAUGCCGAAUUACAGGUUUACCACUGUUCACAAAGUUACUUCAGUGGAUGGCCCCAGAAGUGGAGGCCAGAUGGAAAUUGGGUCACAUGACCGCCUCCAGGAAGGCGCGCUGAGCCUGGAACUGGCCAAUGGGGUGAAUCAGUACCCUAAUGAUGGUGAGCCAUCUAUAGAAACAGAGCAGCAGUGUGCAGAAAGCGUGCUGCCAAGGCAGUGCUGGGUGCCUGGACAUGGCAAGGUCAGCGACACCCAACAACAGCAAACGUGUGGUGCAACCCCUGCUGAACCUGUACACCAUGCAGACAUGGAGGAUGCUCACAAUCUGGUGGCUUUUUCUGCUAUUGCUGGCUCACUGCCUCAUUCUUCCUCCUCUUCCUGCCACCUCUUGCAGGCUACUACAGCCUAUUUGUAUGAGAAGUUUACCCAGGAAACAGGCGCUGGGAAGGCUCAAGCUAGAAUCUCUGCAGGGGCUCCUGAGGGUAGCUGCCCACCUUCAGAAGACCUGGAGACCUUACAGAAAGCACUGAGCCAAGCAAAACAUGGACGCAAGCCUCCCAAUUGCGACUGUGAUGGGCCUGACUGUCCAGACUACCUUGAAUGGCUGGAAAAGAAGAUAAAAUUAGCAACCAAUGAGGAUCAAGGCUCCCACAAACUGGUUGAUACUCCCUUACAUUUACAACCUCACAUAGAGCAACCCCAUUUGCUGCAUCACUCUCAGACCUACCAACAAGUAAAUGGUGGCCACCAUCUGUCUAUUUCAUGCUCCCAGCAGCAACAGGAAAGCCAAGGCCCUCACCCAGAUCAAGUGCCCUGCUCCAAACCACCGAUUCCUUGCUCGCCACAGGUGCUCUCCAUAGCCAAGGAGAAGAACAUCAGUCUUCAGACAGCCAUCGCCAUAGAUGCUCUGACACAGUUAUCUGGUACUAGCCCACAAACUGCCUCUUCCCCAGGUCAAACCCCCUACACAAAUAACCUCCAUCACCAUCAACACAACCAAAACACUGCAUCUCAGCCUCUUAAUGGCAUUGGCAUGAUCCCAUCCUCUUCUGGCACCUACUCAUCUUCUUCACGCUCUCAGUCUGUCCCUCCAGGACUACAAACUAGCCAGCAGGCCCUAGAGUCAUGUGAGCGCCACAGACCCCAAUCCCAGGGCCAUCCGCCCCAUGUUACCCCUGUCCAGUCCUCUACCUCUCCCUUCCCGUGUCAGGGAAAACCACCAGGCUUCAACCCGAAUCCCCUGCAGUGGCAGCAAGCCUCAGGCACAGGAUCUGAACACAGAAAUCCAUGGAUGUGUGUGAAGUCUGAGCCUCAGUCUCACCUUGCCACUGCACCUCAUAGUAGCUCAGACCCCAUGUCAGAGCUCAAACAGCUGCUUGGUGACACCAGUAGCAAGUUUAGCAAAAUUCCUUUUAAGCUUCCAGCUUCGCAACAACUUAGCUUGAACCAGAAUGGGACUGUCCAGGCCCAGGAUAACCCGGCAUUGGUCAGGAUAAAACAAGAGUCAGACUCUGCUGACCACUAUCAUCACCCUGCCUCCAUGGGACAUUAUGGUAUGGCUAAUGGUCAGCACCAGGGUCAGCACUACCCUGGCACUCCCCUCUCUCCUGGCCAAGCAGCCAUUAGCCACUCCACUCAGGCAGCUCUACAACAGCACCUUCACUACAAGAGGAAUCUUUUCUCAAACCACCCCUCUGGCUUUGGAGGCGUUGGCCCACGUGGGCCUCUGGCUUGCCAAAAUUUGAAAAAAUGGUGGCCACAGAUGGAUGCAGAGGCCCUGUCACAUCUGGCCAUCAAACAGGAACCCAAGAGGAAAAAAAUCAGCCAAGGAUCUCCUGGUCUUAAAGCUAUGACUGAGACGUUUUUGGGUCCUCCCCUUCCCAAACCCAAACAGAUAAUCAUCAAGAAGCCCAAACAGAAAGCCUCCAUGCCAACCUUUCUGCCUCAGACUCAGAUCACCACACAGAAACCACCAGUCCACAUGAUGGACAGAUCCGCACCCCUGGCCAAACUGCAACUAGGUCCACUUGACCAACUGCCCCUCCACAGUAACUUCACUCAGGCUGCUGCUGCUGCAGGCCUCCCUGCCCCAGCCCAAUCUCAGGUAUCCAUUUUCAAUUCCUCAAUGACACCCACUUCCACUGUUUCUGUUCCAUCAGAAAACACUCCAGCCCAGCUGGGCCCUCUACUCCCACCUGUGGGCCUUGCAGCUCACAAUAAGUCAGAAGAGAUGGGCAGCCUGGCCUCCAGUAAUACCAGCACCAUGACACCUAUGACCUCCACAUCCUCACCCAGCACCUCAAAUGUACCAAGCGUCUUUAACUUGGACCCGAAGUACGAAGAGUUGAUCCGCCAGUUUGAGGCUGAAUUUGGGGACUCAGUUCCAGAUGUAUCUGCCAGUCAGCCCGUGGAGGAGACUGCUACAGCCCCAAAGUCAGGGAAUGAAUCCCUGAGUAGUCCUCAGGACCUCAGUCCUGCAUCAUCAUCCACCUCCCAGCCACUUCCCUUAAUUUCCACAAGUCAACCCACCCCCACACCUCAUCGAGAUCAUCAGAUGGGAAUGAGCAAAGAUGAGUCCAGGACCCAAAGUGAGGCAUCCUUGAGCCAGGCAUCUACAGAACGGCCUAUGGAGAUGCAGCACAGGGAGUCUGUUCAAGUUCCUCUGAAACAGGAAGAUAUAGUGGAGAGGCAGCAGCAGUCCAGAGUGGUGCAGGAUACUUUUAGCAUGCCAGCUUCUCCGCUGUCAAAACGAAUGAAAAUUGAAUCCUCGGGUGAUAUAACAGUAUUGUCCACCACCUGCUUUUCUGAGGAGGACACACCAACUAAGGAAGGUGUGCCCUCUUCACCAUCUCUCAAAGGCUUCUUGGACUCUCCUUUACGCUAUCUUGACACACCCACUAAGAGCUUGCUAAGUACUCCUUCCAAGGAUCUUCAGGCAGAGUUUCCCACCUGCACCUGCGUGGAGCACAAAAUUGAAAAAGAUGAAGGGCCCUACUACAAUCACUUGGGAUCUGGACCUACUGUGGCCUCCAUACGAACCCUGAUGGAGACAAGGUUUGGAGAGAAGGGGGAAGCCAUCCGGAUUGAGAAGGUGGUUUACACAGGCAAAGAGGGAAAGAGUUCCCACGGAUGUCCUAUUGCUAAGUGGGUGAUCCGUAGAGGCAACGAGAAAGAGAAGCUGCUGUGUCUGGUGAGGCAACGUGCAGGCCAUCGCUGUGACAAUGCUGUCAUCAUCGUCGUCAUUAUAGCCUGGGAAGGUGUACCGAGGGCCCUGGCUGACCAACUGUACAGAGAGGUCACAGACACGCUCACCAAACAUGGCAACCCCACCAGCCGACGCUGUGGCCUCAAUGAGGACCGUACUUGUGCCUGUCAAGGCAAGGAUCCUGAAACUUGUGGUGCUUCCUUCUCUUUUGGUUGCUCAUGGAGUAUGUACUUUAACGGCUGCAAGUACGCACGAAGCAAAAUGCCGCGAAAGUUCAGGUUACAGGGAGAACACCCUGAAGAGGAGGAAAAACUCAGGGAUAACUUCCAGCAUCUGGCAACUGAGGUGGCUCCUGUGUACAAGCAACUAGCACCACAAGCCUACAGUAACCAGUGCCAGACAGAGUCCAAAGCUCCUGAAUGCAGGCUGGGCUUGAAGGAAGGCCGUCCAUUCUCUGGAAUCACUGCUUGCAUGGACUUUUGUGCUCACGCUCAUAAGGACCAGCACAACCUGUACAAUGGAUGCACAGUGGUGUGUACUUUGACAAAGGAGGACAACCGAACAGUGGGAGAAGUCCCAGAGGACGAGCAGCUCCACGUGUUGCCUCUUUACACGUUAUCCCCGACAGAUGAGUUUGGCAGCGAGGAGGCCCAGAACCGCAAGAUGGAGACAGGAGCUAUCCAGGUGCUUAACGCUUUCCGCCGUGAGGUGCGCAAGUUGCCCGAACCUGCCAAGUCAUGCCGACAGCGCCGACUAGAGGCAAAGAAGGCUGCCUCAGAGAAGAAGAAAAAUAAACUCAUCCAGCAAGCAGGAGAGACGCCGGAGAAGACGGGGAUCAAAGCCGAGGUCUGCAUUAGCAGUUUCCCUCAACCCCAAGGCAAUAAAGCAAUUAUAAAACAAGAGGUGAAGCCCAACAUCAAAAAGGAACCCUUAAACGGAUCGAUAGAUGGAUAUUCUGUGCAAGCAGUAGACCCAGUAAAUCCCAUGUAUACAAACCCCGUCUUCUAUGCAAGGGGAGGCCUCCCCACAACUGGCCAGCCCUCUGCACCUGAUACAGUAAAUGGUUUCCACACCAGUUUGCCCCCAAUGGAUUAUGCCUACUACAGGUGCUCACCCAAUACACUUUUCCCCCCUGUACUGAGGACCUAUGAGGGUCGAAAUGGCUCUUCGCCCAGAGCUGGCUGUAAAGCUGUCCAGGUAGAUCAGAAGCCUGACAUUCAAAACUUUCAGUCCAGGGUGGCUCUUUCCUGCUCCAGCCAAGCAGAGCAAACCAACCAACCAAAUCACACGACUUACACCCAGGCCCCAGUUUAUAGCCAAUCCCGUCCUUCCUCUGCCUCCUCUGAGUCCUCCAACAGAGGCACGCCGGUCAUCAAACAGGAGCCUAUGGAUGUGCCAGUCUACGAAGGCACGCUUCCGAACCAGGUUGGAGCCAACACAUCAAGAAGCCCCUCGCAACCUGUGACCUGGCCUGGGCACAAGCUUAAUGGAAGUUUUAUUCCCACCACUUGGGAUGCCCAUCAGAAGCAUAAACAAAGUUCCGAGGCCUCAUCGGAGAAACAGCAGCAGUUUCACCAGCAUCUCCAGCAGCGGCAGGCCUCUCCUUACCCGCAGCAGUGGUCAUCCUUCCUUGGCUUAAACACUAUGAGGGCUUCCCCUGCCCCAUCACCGUCACUCCAGGUACCUCCCUCUCCAUGUCCAUCCCCUCAGCUAGGCACAGUGGUCCAAGGUAACAUACAUCAAUCUUCCCCACGCCCUGGCACUCCACGCCCAAGCACCCCUCACCCAGUAACCCCACAGCCCGGUGUCUCUCACGCAGGCCCACUUACACCACGGCCAAGUACCCCACAUCCAGGCACCCCCAGGCACUGGGCGAGCCCCGUUGCUAGCCCACAGCCGCAAACAUGGGGCAUGGGGCCUUAUAGCCCUGGUAUGAAGCACAGCAAUCCUGCAGGGGCCUAUCCCGACAAGAUCUGGUCCAAGACUGGAGAAAGUCGGUGUUCCACUCCGGUUGGGCCCCAGGAAAAGGCCUGGAAGUCUUUUGGAGGUUCUGUGGCAAGUAACACCCCUUCCCCUGCUCCAGAGGGUCGCCUCUUCCCCGAUGCCCUGCAGCAAUCAGAUCAGGCCUGCUACACGCCCAGCCGAGCAGAGAGCGACGUCGAGAGCACCAAGAAUUGCGAAGAGGACGGGGAUGAGGUCUGGUCUGAUAGUGAGCACAACUUCCUGGACCCUUACAUAGGCGGGGUAGCAGUGGCACCAGCCCACGGCUCCAUCCUAAUCGAAUGUGCUCGUCGGGAACUACAUGCUACCACUCCACUCAAAAAGCCUGACCGCUCCCACCCCUCCCGCAUCUCCCUGGUCUUCUACCAGCACAAGAACCUCAACCAGCCCAUGCAUGGCCUGGCUCUUUGGGAGGCCAAAAUGAAGCUGCUGGCAGAGCGAGCACUGCAGAGGCAGCAGGAAGCAGCUCUCCUUGGCCUCUCCCAGGAGGAUAUCAAGACACUCGGGAAGAAACGCAAGUGGGGCGCUACGGCGGCAGGCGCUAGUCCAGGACCUGGACAAUCUAAAGACAAGAAGGAGGGGCCGGUGACGCGGUUAUCCCCCUCGUUCUACACCACCUCUACGGUUACUGUGUCUCCCUAUGCCUCCACCGUCGUCACGGGGCCCUACAGCCACUUUGUGUGAGGACACAUAGACACAGAGUGACUGAUAGCUACAGAGUGGUGCAGUGGAGGGCUGGAGAGAGAGCACUGAGCAGAAUCAAUGUCUCUCAGCCGUCCCGCAGUCUGGCAUCCCUCCAUCCUGCCUCCCUCUACAGUCCACUUGGAGGAGGGGGACAUUUUUAUUGUUUUUUACCUCAUGUCAGGCAGUGGUUUGGGCUUCAGACACACUGCCUGUGGUGCUCUUCCUCUCUUUUCCCCGGAGAGGAACUCCAUUGCUUUUUCUUGUUUAUAGAAUUUUAAUGAUUCUAAUUAUUGCUAUUAUUAUCAAUAUUAUUAUGAUUGUUACUGUCAAUGUUGUUAUUACAGGUAUUAUUAUGAUGAAGACUUGUUUUUUUUUAAUUAUUGCUCUUUUCAUUAAUGUUAUUAUUAAUAAGGUGACCUGUUUUGUUUUGUUUUUAUAUUUUUGUUAAAUCAAUCAGUCUGAGUUUGACAGACUUGGACACUUGCUUUUUCCAUGUUUGGAAAACAUGCACCCUUCCCCCCCACUUGACUUUGUUCUUAUCAAUCUUAAAGCUGUACUUAGAUUAAGGAGGAGCCAUUAUCUCCCUGAUACGGCAGAAAAAUCAACAAUAUAGUCACCACAAUCAUUUCUUUUAGUUUAUAAAGCCAUUUCUGGGCCUUUUUAAAGAAUAAUCACAAUAAUCACCAUUAUGAAGAUCCUGAUCAAAAGCUUUGAUUUUUAAUGAAUCAGUACCAGCAUCACCACUGUCAAAUACGCCACUGACAGUAUGUUUUUUCAUUAUAGCAAACAACCAUCUACACAAAUAUUACAAAAGAUAAGAGUAAGGAGGGAAAUCACCAAAGCCCUUUUGCUCCAGGCACCUAGAAAAAGCGCAGCGAUUGGUUUCAAGUGUCAUGCUGAAGGAAGAAAAUGGUCCCCGGGCUCAGAAUAACUCUUAACCAUUACUGCGAGAAACCUUUGCAGCUUGCCUUGUCGUGAUGAUGAGAUGAUGCGCUCCUCCUACUCUCCCUUCUAGCUUCUGACUGGUGCUCAGCUUCCUGCUCUGAUCGAUUUCCAUUCCGCUACUCUUCAUGGCACUCGAUGCUGUAUUUAGGUGCUCUAACUCAAAUUUGGCUCAAGUAGUAUUUGCAACUAAAAAGUUUGUGUUGGUGGGAUACCAGAACACUGGGAUUUACUGCUUUUAACACAAAGGUGCAGAACUUGUGUCGUGCUAGGGAAAGGUCCUAACGAGUUAUCUCACAGAAGCUUUCCUGUGCUCUGUGCGGAGAACUGAAGUUCUCACACCCGGUGCUCCACAGAGGCCAAAACAAGCGAUACUACUUGUGUAAGCCAUUUAACCCAGAUCUGCUAUUCCCACAGGUGGCACUCUUUUAUCUUCCUAUAACAUUCAAGUAGGAGUGAGCACUUCCCAGUGUAAACUCUAGAGGGCAGCGUCGACUGCUGUUUCAAAGUGGUGUGUACAAACAAACCUAUAAGCACUUGGGAUUCAUUUAGAUGGCAGCCUUGUCUCAUUGUUGCUUUAACCAUCCAUGGCCACUAGAGGGGGCUAUCCACCCUGCUCGCUGACCAUAGAUUGGACUUGAUAAAACAGCUGAAGGCAAAGCUGACAUUAAAAAUGUGCCACAGAUGUGAACCGGAAACCCAUCGUGGGUUAGAGCAGCAGGAAACAGUGUUGGGACAGCAGUGCUUUUGGUGCUCACACACACACUCUGGUGCUCUCCUAUUACACUUGAUUUACUGUGAAGGGCCCACUCCUUUCUCUGCAUGGUGCUGUCAUCUUUGAGCAGAGUGAGGCGUGUCCUUCUGCAGGCACCUUGUCACCGCAGAGCCAGCCAAUCAAAAUGGCCACCGUGUGGUUCAGCUCCACAUUGGGCUCAAAAACUGGUUUCCUUUAGAGGAGUUAUUAUUUUAUUUUAUUUUUUGCAGUUUGUUGUGGCAUGUAGUGAUUUUUGUCUCAAACGAAAAGAAAAGUACACUGUACAGGGCAGAGAAAGCACAGUCAUUCACUGCAUUUCUUGGUAACCCAUUUAGCAGUGCUUUUCACAGAGAAAAUAGUACUGAGAGAUAAAAGGGAAACCGUAGAAAAUUUCUGUAGCUUCCAGGGUUUGGCGCCGAACGUGAGCGCAACAGAUCGAUGAAUCUCUCACUUUGCGUGCGUGUGUGUCUGAAAAGAGCCAAAGAGAGAGACUAUUUGAUAGCCUGGUGAGAGUCCUGUAAAUCGCUCGUUUUUAUUUUCCUUUGUGGUCACAUGGUUCACCUGCAACAUGUGUCAGAAAUGAAAAUGAGAGACUGCUGAUGCAAGCCGACUCCCAGCUGCUGGGCGGUCGUUUGGGCCAAGGCCCUGGUCAUCUGUGAAAGACCCUGUUACCUCUCCCGAUUUUCUCCAGCUCUCUACCUCACGCUGUAGAGACACUGGUCACAAUCACGACUUGCUACUGAGGGCAGAGAAUCAUGCAUGUCCCUUUGUGUGCUCUAGAUCUCCACACUCAUUUUAACCUGCUUCUUUUUUUUUUUUACUCUUAUUUAUUACUACAUGGUGAUAAUGAUAAUGAUUGUCUUUGAUGUUAUUGUUUUUUUUCAUCAUUUUUUAUAUAGCUAAUACAAAUUGUACAUAAAGAAGAAAAGAUUUAUAAAAGCACUUUUAAUCUUGAUUUUAAUGACACAGAAAGAGCCGAUUAUUGACAACUUGAAGCUUCUUUUUUUUAAAAUUUCCUCAAGAGAGAGAUAAAAAAUGUAAAUAUCAAACUAUUUAGGUAAGAUUAUUUAACUUGUGAGGAAAGUAACAAAACCACGAAUGACAUGGGGGUAUUUUUGAAGUCUCUGACAGCCCUGAACAUCAGUAAACAACACUUGGCCCCAAUGUGUUGUGUGCAAAUCUGUGCUUAGUCACUCUGCUGUUUUUGCUUUCCUAAUACUGUACCCCCUGUCGGCAUGCGACUGACAGAGCCCCAGAAAUUUCUGAAAACGAUUUAGUCAGCCCAAUUCUGUAACAUGAAACCACACUCAGCUGACUCACUGGCAACAGUAAAGCGAAAAUAAGAGAUCCCCCGUGUUGCAGUUGUGCUAAUGUAUGAAUUUAGAGUUUUAGCUUGACAGCUUUCAGUUGUUGUUAUUUUCAAUUUUGUUGACAUUCUCAAACUCUGUGACAGAUUCAUGACAGCAUCGUAUUUAAAAAAAAAACCCCAAACAAAUGCCAAAAUCUGAAUAAUGUGAUUCCCACAUUCCCACGAGCGUGAUAAGAGUUACCUCUUGGCUAGUUUACUAGCUUGACUUAAGCAGCUGAUUAGCUUAGCUUAGCAUAUUGGCUGAAAACAUGGGGAAACAGCUAGCCUAACUAAAAUCAAACUGCCGGCACUUUAAACCUCUUUAACACACGUUAAGUAAGGUUUGUCAACACCAUUGUCACAUUGGUUUUACAGGGGGUUACAUCCCAGGCUAACAAGACCACCAGCAGAUAUUUCAUAAAAAAUAAAAAAGAAUCACUGCUUCCAGCCUGGAAACAGUCUGGUACAAAGUCCUCUGAAAAGAAAAAAAAAAAACAAAAAAGAAACAGAAAACAGAGUGAGCUUUAAAGCUGCUGGCGGGCAGAUUUUGUUACCUAUGUUGCUUCCUGUGUGCCCGGUCUUUAUGCUGAUCUCAGCUGUCUGAUAGCUGCGGCUUCAUAUUUAUCAUACAGACGUUAGAACAGUACAGAGUUUUUCUUCUGAGUGUCAACAGGAGAGAGAAUGGGAAGUUUUUCAAUGAUGAACUAUUAUUUACUAUCAAACACCCCCCCCUAUAACUAUACUGACUGCCACGGAGCCAGUCUGAGGUGAAACAUUGGGCGACGCUUUAAUGAGUUACUGCCCAGCAGUCUUUGUCAGUUGUGUUACCACCGCCCUGCUUGCUUAGAUGUGUCAUCAUUAUUAUUCGCUUCAGCUUUUGUAAUAACCAAGUAUGCACGUGGCAGAAAAAUCACAGCUCCACCGCGGAAGACUGCAGAUCUUUCAUUUGCCAUGAUAAUUAGGUGACCCACGCCAUGUCUAACAGUAGUUUGAUAGUGCAGUAACAAGACCCAUUUUACUUAUUGAGCUUAAGACUUGCCCAUAUAUUAGUCACACACACACACACACACACACACACACAACACAAACAAUUACCGAAACAACAAAAGGGUGCUGAGGAUAUGGUGCAUAUGAUAUCUUGGUGACUUUGUACAUUUCUAAAUGCUUCAUAACUUUGGUGGAUGGUUCUCAUGAGAGGCACCACCUCCCAAGCGGACAAGUACUGAGAUCCUGGGGGGUGAGUCGGUUCAGUCGGUGCUAUGAUGCUAUACCUUAAAAAUUCACUGUGUUAAAAAAAAUACAAAAAAGGAAAAAAAAGCGAGGGAUAAAUAAUUACCACAAAUAUUUUUCUGAGCUCUUCGAAUGUCAAGAGAACUAUACUUUUGAUUAAAGCAGUUUCACAGGAAGGGAAGCUGCCCUGGUGCUGACUUUAUGAAAAGUCUUUUGUUACAACGCUACAAAUUUACAUCUCUUUUUGAGGGCAGGUGGUGCACUCAAACUGUUGAUUACAUUCUCUAUUAAUCUUCAUUCCAUACUGUACUUGAAUUCAUUUAAAAUAGGACGAGAUAUAGAAUCAUAUUAUAUGAAGACUGUUAGCUGGGUUUUACAUUUGGUACUGUGCAAGUACCAGAGGCUAUUCAAAAGAUCUUUUGAGUAUGUUGUACAUGUUCAUGUUAACUGAAUGCUAAGAUAUUUGAACGACACAAAAA